UCGGUACUAAAUGCCAAAUCAAGCAAGAUGCUCUAAGUUAAAUUGAAUUUUUCCAUUAACAGACAUUCUUUGCGUUUGUCAAGUUACUCAGGUAGUCGAGGGGGAAAAUUCCAAUCAUGCAAUGCAUCAAAAUAAACUCCAUGACUCUCCGUUUCAACAUCACCCCGCCCCGCAGACCACACCACCCCUCGUACGCAGAUGUCAGUUGGGUUGUCUACCUCGAAGGAAACCUAACGGAACCGCAGACAGAUGGCACCACCGGCGCCCCUUGCGCCUCGGCCUAGUAGACGAACUAUAUGGAGUUUCCCGCAGCGUUUGAGUAGACGAACUAUGCGCAUCCCCUCCACCUCCUAAAACGUGAAAGGUGGGAAGUGGGAGGUUGUUGGUGUGGCGUUUCUAGCAGAAAGAUGCGACACUUUCGUAACGUUUGUUUUGUUGCGUAUCACGAAGUUUCAUAGUUAACAUGUGAUCAGUCUCUUCCUGUCCUGGCUUUUUACAUCACACCUUAUCUUCAUUACACUUAGUUUCUGAAGUGCGAAAUCAAGACGGUAGAGUGCUCAUGAUUCUGUUUCACUCUUGAGGUUAAGCUACACUCAAGAAGAUGUCAUGGUUGACAGAUUUGGCAGGGAAAGCAGAAAAUCUGCUCAACAAAAUUGACAAAAAUGCUGCCGUUGUCUUGAAAGAUAAAAAUUCAAUAAACGAACAGCUUCAAGAUGUUAUUUGGAAAACAACGCCACAACAAUGGACUCAGGAUUCAGAUGCCCAAGAUGUUUCCUUGUUUGUGCAAGCUUCACCUGUACCACUUCUACCUCGCUCAGCCCCCAGUGGUUCUGCUUCCCCGGCGCCAAGAUUGUCUCCAUCCAGAUCAGACACCUCUCUUCCCAAGAGAAAUGAUGAAGAUGAAUUCUUAAGGUUCCUUAAUAGCUCUGAGCCAUUACUGCAUGGCACUGAAGAAGCAAGAGGCAGUCCGUCUGGAGCAUCUGUGCCAUCAGCUGGAAGUUCAUCCCCUGUAAACAUUGUUGAUCUUCCUCGAGGAAGUCAUAGUCGAAGUCACAGCCAAGGAGGCAUGUCGUCGAUGUCAUCUUCCUACAUAAGCAAUGGCCGUGAUGACAGCCUGUACCAGCAAUGCUUCAAACCUGUUGAGAAUAUUGAAGUUUACAGUCAAGAUGACGAUAUGAGCCACUCAUCAGGACAAACUGCUUUUGCAGAAAAUAACUUGCUGAAGAAUGAAAUAAGAUGCUUAAACAAUGACUUGGCACUUAUGUUGCAGCGGUGUAAAACAGCAGAAAAGGAGGCCAAUGUGGCUGCAGCUGAGCUACAAACACUGAGAGAGACUGUGGCUCAGAGAGAGAGUUUGGUAAAUCAAAUACAAACACUUCAGAGCCAACUAAAAAUUAGUGAGACGAGAAUAUCCACAUUAUCUGAAGAAAAUAGAAAGUUGAAAGAGUCUGCUUCCUGUACACCACAUGAAUCAGCAAGUGAGAUAACUGCUUCUUUAGAGAAAUAUAAACAGCUUCAAAGUGAGCAUGAAGUUCUUGGUCAAGAAACAAAUGAGCUACGUCUUCAAGUUUCAAGGCUUGAAGCUAGUAUGAAAACAGCUACUCAGCAAAAUGAGAGAUACAGGUCACAAGUGGCAAGUAUUUCUAGUGAGGCCGAACAGUACAGAGCUCGAGCUACGCGAGUUCUUCAGGAGAAAGAAAAACUUAUUGCUAGCCUUCAGGCUGCAAAGCAAACUGAGGGACAAAAUAAUAGUGACACAAUGCUGGAUCAAGAACUUGAGCAGAUGAGGGAGGAACUGCAACUUCACCGUCAGGAGUCUGCAACACAAGCAAAGCUAUUGCAAUCCGCAAGAAAUGAUUUGCAGUUAUUUGAACUUCAACAAGAAGAGCAGAGACAGAAAACAGAGGCAGAACUUAAUAGACUUCAGAAAAUCCUACAAGAGGAGCGGUCUCGAAGACAGGCUGCUGAGGAAGACUGCAGAGUUCAUCUUGAGGAGGUGCAAUCAGCUAAAACAGAAAUGAACCAACAGUGUAAAUAUUUAGAAGAAUGUAUACAAUCAAAAGAAAAUGAAAUCUCUAGAUUAAAGCAACAGACAAAGGCAUCCAUAAAUUCAUCACAACAGAACCCUGAAACGGCAGAGCUUGAAACAAGAGUUCGAAACCUUGCAACAUCCUUAAUUCAGAAGCAAGGUGCUCUUGAAGCAUUGAUUGCUGAGCGGAAUUCUCUGAGGUUGAAGUUGGAAAGAGUUGAGGUUAAAAAUCAACUAGAACCAGCACUCAAUGGGGGGACAGUUCUGAAUGUUAGUGAAAGUGAAAAUGUUACAAGGCAAAGAGUGCCUACAUUGCUAUUGGAGAGUCCAGGUGACACAGGUGUGGCAAGGAGAGUCAAGAGGGCUUACUCCAGCCUUGAUACUCUGGGCAUCAGAGUGGGCGUAUUUCUCAGAAGAUAUCCUCUUGCCCGUAUUCUACUAAUAGUUUACAUGGUUUUAUUGCAUUUAUGGGUGGCGAUUGUGCUGUUCUCAUAUUCUCCUGAAGAAAAUUCACUCAACCGGGUAAGAAGAUCUCCUCCUGCGCUUAGCCCUGAUGACCCAAAAGGGGUGCAAUAGGCAAGAGUUUGCAACUGUCCCACCUAGAAUUUGCUGACUUUGUAGUUAAUUAUUUUUAUAAUGUAAUAUUGGUGUGAGGAGGGGCUCAUUCUCCACAUAUUUCUGGGCCCUUCAGAAUGUAAGAUUGAUGAGUAUUGCAGUUGUAAAGCUGCUAUGUCAAUGAUGCGACUGAAACAGAUUGAUUAAAAAUACAAUUUUAUUUAUAUGGUGUACUAUAUCAUGUAUACUCCAUUGCAAAAUAUUUUUAAAGAAGAAAAUGAUGUCUUGUAAUGUGUUUAACUGUUAAUGUAAACAUUUGUAUGCCUGUUUUUUAAAAGUAGACAUGCUGGACAUGGCUACUAUAUGUCCCAUAUGCUGGUGUCAUAAAUAAUAAAUAUCAAAAGCUAAAA